GGCGGGCAGAGGGGUUGCUCGGCGCGGCGUUCCCGCAGCAGCCGCCGGGCCCCACCGCCCCUCCAUAAGCGCCGCCCCCGCCUAGCCCCGCCUGGCGGCCGGCCUCCGGCCUCGGCUCGCGUCGCCUCGCCUCGCCUCGGGCUCACCACCAGCAGUAGCAGCGGAGGAGGCAGCGGGGCCCUCCGCGGCAGGGGAAGAUGAAGGUGACCGUGGACUUCGAGGAGUGCCUGAAGGACUCGCCGCGCUUCAGGGCAGCUUUAGAAGAAGUAGAAGGAGAUGUGACAGAACUGGAACUGAAACUUGACAAGCUGGUGAAGCUUUGUAUUGCAAUGAUUGAUACUGGGAAAGCAUUCUGUACAGCCAACAAGCAGUUCAUGAAUGGGAUUCGAGACCUUGCACAAUAUUCCUGUAAAGAUGCAUUGGUUGAGACCAGCUUGACAAAGUUCUCUGACACCUUACAGGAAAUGAUCAAUUAUCACAAUAUCCUGUUUGACCAAACCCAAAGAUCAAUUAAAGCACAGCUUCAGACUUUCGUUAAAGAAGAUAUUAGGAAAUUUAAAGAUGCAAAGAAACAGUUUGAAAAAGUUAGUGAAGAAAAAGAGAAUGCUCUGGUAAAAAAUGCCCAAGUUCAAAGAAAUAAGCAACACGAAGUAGAGGAAGCAACCAAUAUUUUGACUGCAACACGGAAAUGUUUUCGACACAUAGCUCUUGAUUAUGUUCUUCAGAUCAACGUUCUUCAGUCCAAAAGGAGAGCAGAAAUCUUAAAAUCGAUGUUAUCGUUUAUGUAUGCCCAUCUGGCUUUUUUCCAUCAAGGCUAUGACCUUUUUAGUGAGCUUGAGCCCUACAUGAAAGAUCUUGGUGCACAGCUGGAUCAGUUGGCUGUAGAUGCUGCAAAGGAGAAGAGAGAUAUGGAGCAAAAGCACUCCACUAUUCAACAAAAGGAUUAUUCCAGUGAUGAUACUAAACUAGAAUACAAUGUAGAUGCAGCCAAUGGUAUUGUUAUGGAAGGUUAUCUAUUUAAGCGAGCCAGCAAUGCCUUCAAGACUUGGAACAGGAAAAAGCCAGAUCACAUCAGGCGCUGGUUCUCAAUACAAAAUAACCAACUUGUCUACCAGAAGAAAUUCAAGGAUAAUCCCACAGUAGUUGUUGAAGACUUGCGGCUUUGCACGGUUAAACACUGUGAGGACAUAGAAAGACGUUUCUGUUUUGAGGUGGUUUCCCCAACAAAAAGCUGCAUGCUUCAGGCUGACUCGGAGAAGCUGCGACAGGCAUGGAUUAAGGCUGUUCAGACCAGUAUUGCUACAGCAUAUAGAGAGAAAGGGGAUGAAUCUGAGAAACAGGAGAAGAAAUCAUCCCCUUCUACUGGAAGCCUAGAAUCUGGCAGUGAGACAAAAGAGAAGUUGUUAAAGGGAGAAAGUGCUCUCCAGCGAGUUCAGUGUAUUCCCGGUAAUGCUGCCUGCUGCGAUUGUGGCUUGGCAGAUCCUCGCUGGGCCAGUAUCAACCUAGGAAUCACGCUGUGCAUCGAGUGCUCUGGCAUACACAGGAGCUUGGGAGUCCACUUUUCAAAAGUAAGAUCUUUAACGCUGGAUUCAUGGGAGCCUGAACUUCUAAAGCUUAUGUGUGAAUUGGGAAAUGAUGUUAUAAAUAGAAUAUAUGAAGCGAAGUUGGAAAAAGUGGGAGUAAAGAAGCCACAACCUGGAAGUCAAAGGCAGGAGAGGGAGGCAUACAUCAGAGCAAAAUAUGUGGAAAGAAAGUUUGUAGAGAAAGAGCCUGCGUCAGUAUCUCUGCUUGAAUCUGGAACAAAAGUUUUGCCUCAAAGUCAACAAGAGAAAAGGCACAGUGGCCCUGAAAAAUCCCUUUUGGCAGGGGAACAAAGUGCGGCAUCCCAAAAAGCGGUUGCUGUAAGUAGCGACGAGGCGAGGCGAGAGUCUCUGUUCUGUCCUGAUGAACUAGAUUCACUCUUCUCCUACUUUGAUACCUCUUCAAAACUACGUAGUAUACCAAGCAGUGACAGUGGGAUCCAGCAGAGUGCUGAUGACAGCAGAGAACACCUUGCCUCUACUACGUCAGCUAACAGUUUGUAUGAACCAGAAGGAGACAAGCAAGAGUCUUCUGUGUUUUGUGACUCCAAACAGCCUAGUCCAGGAUUGCAGCUGUAUCGAGCUGCCUUUGAGAAGAAUCUUCCUGAUAUGGCAGAGGCAUUGGCCCAUGGAGCUGAAGUAAACUGGGUCAACGUAGAAGAAAACAAAGCAACACCACUCAUUCAGGCAGUGCGAGGGGGUUCAUUGGUUACUUGUGAAUUCUUGCUGCAGAAUGGGGCCAACGUGAACAUCAGGGACAUGAAAGGAAGAGGGCCGCUGCACCAUGCCACGGUUCUAGGACACACUGGACAAGUGUGUUUAUUCCUAAAACGAGGAGCAAACCAGCAUGCCACUGAUGAAGAUGGGAAAGAUCCAUUGAGUAUAGCAGUAGAAGCUGCGAAUGCAGAUAUUGUAACACUGUUGCGUUUAGCACGAAUGAAUGAAGAAAUGCGUGAAUCGGAAGGACUCUAUGGACAGCCAGGAGAUGAAAUUUAUCAGGACAUUUUUCGUGACUUUUCUCAAAUGGCAUCAAAUAAUCCAGAGAAGCUAAAUCGUUUCCAGCAGUCAGAUUCCCAGAAGUCUUAAGUGUCAAGAAGGAAAAGAACCUGAUCUUUAUAGUGCAAGUCUUUUUUUACUUCAACAGAAUGAAUUAUAUGCAUUUUGUUAGAUAGUUUGGAUAAAAUGACCACUCCAAUGUAGCUUUAGAUUGUGGUAGCUGGGGAAAUGUAUGAGUUGUUUUAUGUUCUACAGUAUGUAUACCUCAGCAGCUGAAGAAAAUGUUUAAAUAAAAAUAAAUGCCUGCUAGCUCAGUAUAAACAUAGUACCUGUUAGCAAGUACGAAGUUUGUCUGCAGUUCGUGCAUAAAGUUAGCAGGGCGUAGCUGUAUGCGUUGCAGACUCUGGAUGGCAGGAUGGUCAGACCAGCUUUGCUAUUUAGUGUCCCCUACUGUCAUCUGUCUCCCUAUUGCCAUGAAGAAUGUGCCUCUGACAAGAAGGUCUGGGUUGCAUUUUCUGGGACUGAUUGGAAGGGAAAUUGGGUAAUGACUUACUGAGUUGUCCUUCUAUUUGUGGGCCUGUAACUUAACAGAUUCUCCUACACUGACUCUGGUUAGAGGUAGGCUGUUAAUAACAAGACAUGGUAACUUCUGUUCUUUUUGCAAGCUCUUUCACAGUGGAAGUUUUAACACCAGGCUGGCCUUUAUGCUAGUGACUGCGGGUCAGUCACAAUAGGUGUAUAUCCUGGAGGACCAAACUUCUAAGAGCAGUCUAUUUUCUUUUUUUUUUUCCCCUCUUAAAUUAAACUUUCUGUGCAGCAAGUAUACUUCUAAAUGAGCAUGUGGAACCUUUCAUGAAAAAUAAACUUAAUCCUUCUGGACAUGAUGUGGGGUUUGUUUGUAGUAUUUUGACAUCAAAACUUGAAAUUUGAGACAUGAAAGUAAAUAUUGAGCCAAUGGAGUUUUUGUAGAACAGUCGUAUGAAUGCUGUUUGUUAGCUUUUUGUGCUGUUCUCACUACUAGCCCCUAGCUGAAUAUAUAAAAUCUUAUAUGUAAUGCAGCCACCCUAAGUUUAGGGCAAUGAAUCCUUUAUAUCAGGAAGCGGUAUCCUUUAUAUAAUCUGCAGAGAUGCGUUGUGUAUACCUGUUGCCCAAACUAAGGGGUGCACAAGAAAACCUAGGAAUUUCACUGCAUGUUUUUGCAAAGUAACGGGUGACCAUAGUCUCCAGCUGUAUUCUGAGGGCAGCAGCACAGUUUGCUUUAUUUAAUAGUGAGCUCCACUCUGCUGAUGUGCAUGUAUAAGCGGUGUCUUGUAGAUACGUGCUUAUGUGUCAGGUUAUUUAAUACCUAGAUAGUAAUCACCUGAAGCCCUAAAGCAGCAGAUGCAAUUCUUUAUCCUCUGUUUGUCUGACCUAUGGACAACUUAAGGAGAAUUUAUGGUAACAUAGUAUCAAUGUGACUUUUUAACAAGCCUAAUAGGCAUGGCAUUAUGCUAACCUGCUGUUUUAAAUGAAUUUAGGAAAUAAACUGGCUUUUCUCCAAGCUGGCGAAGAUAAGCAAAAUCAGCUAAAAAAAUUCUGUAAACUAUGGUAAAAUUAAACUUUCUGGCAUGUUAAAUUUGACUAAGGUAUUUCAAAUAUUUAUCAUUUUGCAUCGUGUAUAAUAAUGCAUAAAAUCUGGAUGAAUAUUGCUGCAAGCCUAAUACUAUUUUAGAAGUGUCCGAUAGAUUCUUUUUUCCAAGCAGAAGAAUCUUACAAAACAGUUCUUGCUUUGUGAGUGCUCUAAUUAUGCUAGGAAGAGCGGAUUCUGCCCAUUUAAAAAGUGUGUUUAGUCUGAAUAAUAAGAAACUUAGGAGUAUCACCUGUAAGCAGUAGUUCCUAGUAAGUUGUUUUUUAAAUAGCUGUCUAUGAAAUGAUAAUAUACUUCCUAGUCUGCAGUAUUAAACAGCAGUGGAUGUUUUAGUAGAUCUUAGAGAAAGUAAAAUUCCCAGUGUACAGAUGGGACAAUGUAAGAUAUGGCUAUCUAUAGUGUACACUUUAGACAUAGGUUUUUCUAAAGAGUUAUCUUUUACAGCCUACUUGACAGGCAUUAUAUAGUGUGAUUGGCUGUAAUGUAAAGCUACCUAAACCUUAAUGGCAUAAUCCCUAUCUCAGUCCAUGCUGCUGGAAAAAUGUCUGAGACUUAUUUCGAAUCUUGGCUGGGAUUUUCCUUCCUAGCCAUAAAAAUCUCUGUGACAAAUCUUGCAGGACAGCUUCCUGUAGACAAUAAGUUUCUUUCCGGUAGCUCUGCAGAUCCAUUUGCUGCAUUCCCGACUCUUCUGUCUGGAAAGAACUAUCAGUCUGUUUAUGCUAAAGGACUAAUACCAUACCUGAUCGAGAGGUUGCAUUACUCUUUUCAGGAGCUUUGAAUGGUUCAUGGAGCAGGUAAGUCACUUCUGAUCCGGCAGCCUCGUUCCCAGUCCUUUUAGGUACGCUAGGAUGUCCCGUGUCAGCUGCACUCAGUUAGAGCUUUUUUUCAGGUCAGGUGCAAUACAUGUGUUAUGUAUGUGAUGUGUUGCUCAUCAGCAACAACGAAUAUGCCAUCAAGCUGCAUGAAAUUCAGAGGGCUUAGUCCUACCAAACACUGGCAGGCUCAGUGCUCCAGGGCCUCUAACUCAAAGGAUUCAUCCCUUAGUAAUACACAGCAUGAUUAGUAUUCCGAAUAUCUGGAUUUCCAUAUCUAACUCGAGUGCUGAUCUUCUGCUCAGUAAUAAUAAGAAAAUUCGAUUUUUAUUAUAAUAUGAAUUUGAAUUAACUAGAAUAAGACAGUAAGGCUCCAUUGUGGGUUAACAUCUUGUACUCUUAACCAGAUAACAGAAAGCUUCAGUUCCAGUUCAUGUUUCUGUAUAGGUAUGAAGUAUAAUAGGUCUUAGUUGGUGAGGUACAAAACAGUAGAUUACUAACACAGUUUAAAAUCAGCUUUCACGUGGAUUUUUAGUCAUUUACUAGAUAGCCCAUUUAAAGAUUUCAUAAUAUUUUUCCUAGCCAGAGUUAGAUCAUGUGUUCCAAAGGUGUCUUGGAAGGACAAAUGUUGAGGAGCUCAACUUAUGUUCUAAUGCAUCAUGACUUCAGAGGUAGAAUUUACUUACAUUGCAUGUUGUUUAAAAUGAUGUCUGUGGUGUUUCCUUAGUGGUCUGUAUUGUUUUGAUUGUUCAUAAGGUUUAAUCUUUUAUGUUAAUGUCAGUACAGUGCAUAUAAACUUAAAUUUUUGAAUUAUCAUACUGAAUCAUGCCACUGAAUUAUAUUAGACGUGCUGGAAUUUGUUCCUGUAAAUUUGGGUGAAGGCGGGGCGGUAGAUGGUGGAAGUCUGUCUUUGCUUUCACAAGCUGCACGUAUUGCAGUCUGACCGCGUGUUUCGUUUGUUCAUUAGUACAUUGUAGACUUCAGCCUCCUUAUCAAUUAGGACCUCAUCUGAGAACUCCCUGAAAUCGGUGGCAGCCUUUACACUGAUUUCAGAAGCUUUGGAUUGUAUCCUUCCUGGCUUCUAACGGUAGUGCGUUUAAAGGAUCCUGUAAUAAUACUGCAUUUUUCUCUCUGGGGUUUUAUAUUUUACCUGUUUAUGUACUCAGCUGAAAUAGUUUUAGAAAAUGCAACCAGACCUUCCAACUGCUGUCAGGAAAUCGCCGUAUAAGAGGAAGUUUCUCCUGUAUUGCAGGAUGACAUCAGUACACACACAUUGUCCAAAUUAUUAGAAUUCUCCUUGAUGGAGCAAAAACUCUGUAGCACUAAAGAAAAAAGGUGAGAAGUAGAAUAAGUUUAGGAUUGGCUGUGAUGUUUCCAGGACUCUGGUGCUUCUCUGCAGCCAUCUGUUUUAAAGUGUGGAUGUUAACUCUGUGUUUUGAUCAUGAGAAUCUCAAAUGACACAGUGAAUAUAAAAGGACUGUUUCAUAGAACUACAAACAGUGUGUAAGUACCAAGGAUGUAGUAUUUUUACACUGUCAAAAGGACUGAGCUGUUUAUUCUGAAUAUCUGAUACAUAAAGUAUUUUGAGAAUCAGUUUUGCAAACUACCAUCUCUGCCCAUUCACAGAUGGACACUUUUUCACAAGGUAGAGUUUAUGCCACUUGUUUGUGCACCCUAGUAGCCAAAAUGUCUUGCUCCCUUGCACAAAAGCACAUUUUUAAAGCGGGGACAGCUUCAGAAAGGCAGUACUGGGGAAAAGGAUGACUGUACCACUUUGGUAUAUCGCCUUUCAUACACUUGCUUUAUCUUUCUGCAUACAGUAUUUUCUUGUUUCUCUUCCCAUGGAAGGAGAUGAUAGAGGAGGAAAAAAAUCCCACUCACUUUUCUGUUAGGAUUCGAUUGUCCAUGUUUUGAUAGAAAUCACUGAGAAAUUAUAAUUUCCUCAAGCAGAGAGGUUACUCUGUCUGAAAUAAUGAUCUGUUUGUUUUUUGGUUUUUGUUUUUUGUUUUUUUUUUUUUUUAUCUACGUGUCCUCUGUACUUGGUGUUUUUUAGGCAUUCCAGCAGUAAAAUGCUCCUGUGAACCCUUCCCCCUUAAGAUAUAACUGUAAAGAAUGUAUAACCAGCCCUAGUUCGCAUUUAAUAAGUCUGUAGACUUUGUAUCCAAAACUUGAAUGUAGUUUUCUGUAGCUUGCCAUUGUAAAUGAGAGAAACUCAUUAUUACCUUUGUAGUUAAUCGACUGUACAUGCUGUAAGGAUUGUAAAUACUGUACUUGAUUAAACCUUUGUAUGCUCUCA